GUCACUUCAUUUCUGUCACAGAAAAUGUCCACCCAAAAGCUUUCCAAAACCUUAAAAAAAAAUCUCCCCUCAAACCCUGCUUCGCUAUCGAACCAUGAAAUCGCCGAAAAGAUAUCUGAAACCCUAAUCAGCCCAGGCCUCAGACUCCUCCAGCGUGCACCAUCCCUGCUCUCCAGUCUCAAUUCCCACAUAACUCACCUUGUUCUCUCAAACCCACAUGUCCCACCCCGUUCUUGCUUGAGUUUCUUCAACUUUCUGCGAAGAAAUGAAUCUUUCACUUCACAAAAACCUGAUCUUCGAGCCCAUGUAACCCUCAUUUGUAGGUUAUAUGGGGCUCGAAAGUUUGCAGAAAUGAAGAAUAUGUUGAAUUGUGUUGUGACUGACGAUAAUCUACGAUGCCCAGUUUCGAUUAUUGUUUCGUUGAUUGAGGGUGGGUGUAAUGAGCCUAAAUUUGUUGAUAAAUUGUGUGAUAUGCUAAUGAGGGUUUACGCGGAUAAUAGAAUGUUUGAAGAGGCUGUAGGGGUUUUUGAUUAUAUGGAGAAGAAUGGGCUUGAGAUCGAGGAGAGGUCAUGCUUUGUGCUUUUGCUCGCUUUCAAGAGGUGUGAUCGGGUGGAGUCGUGUUUGGGGUUCUUUUGUCGAAUGGUUGAGUCGGGCAUUGAGAUUACGGUUUAUUCGAUGACUAGUGUGAUUGAUGGGUUGUGUAAGAGAGGAGAGGUUGAAAGAGGUAGAGAAUUGAUGGGUGAAAUGGUUGAUAGAGGGAUUAAACCAAAUGUGAUUACUUACAAUACAUUUCUAAAUGCUUACGUUGAAAGAAAGGAUUUUGUGGGUCUUAAUGAGAUCUUGAGCUUGAUGGAGAAGGAUCAAGUGGCAUACAAUGUGGCAACUUACACAAUUUUAAUUGAAUGGUAUGGGAGCUUUGGCAAGAUAGAAGAGGCAGAGAGGUUCUUCGAGGAAAUGAAUAAUAAGGGGAUCGAACCAGAUCUUCAUGUUUAUACUUCAAUUAUCAGCUGGUAUUGUAGAUUAGGAAAUAUUAAAAGAGCAGUUGCACUGUUUGAUGAAUUAACUGAGAGAGGCCUUGUUCCUAAUGUUCAAACCUAUGGGGCUCUAAUUGAUGGUUUAUGCAAGGCUGGGCAGAUGGAGGUGGCGGAAAUGUUGGUGAAUGAGAUGCAAAGCAAAGGGCUUGACCUAAAUGAAGUGAUAUUUAAUACACUGAUGGAUGGGUUUUGCAAAAGAGGGAUGAUAGAUGAAGCUCUAAGGCUGCAGGUCUUCAUGGUAAAGAAAGGACUUGAGACUGAUGUGUUUACUUAUAACAUAAUUGCUAGUGGGUUGUGUAAAUUAAAUCGGCAUGAAGAAGCAAAAAGAGUGUUAUACACAAUGGUAGAAAGGGGUGUCUCUCCAAACACAGUGACGUUGACUACCUUGAUUGACAUUUAUUGCAAGGAAGGAAACUUUGGGGAAGCGAAGAGGGUGUUCAGUGAGAUGGAGAAGGGAGAGAAACCAAAUACAGUUACAUACAAUGCUUUAAUUGAUGGGUACAGCAAGAAAGGAAAGAUGAAAGAAGCUCACAGGCUAAAAGAUGAGAUGGAAGAUAAGGGGAUAAUGCCAGACACAUAUACAUACACAUCUCUUUUACAUGGGGAAAGUGUUUAUGGGAAGGUAGAUGAGGCACUAAAACUGUUCGAUGAAAUGUCUUGCAAGGGUUUAGUUCAGACUGUAGUCACUUACACCGCUAUGAUAUCAGGCUUGUCCAGGGAAGGGAGAUCAGAUGAAGCUUUUAGAUUGUAUGAGGAGAUGAAAAAGUCGGGCCUAACACCUGAUGAUAGAGUCUAUCAUUCACUUGUGAGCAGCCUUCAUAACGUCAGGCCUUAGCUUCAAGUGUUUUUGGUCCUUAUUGCUCCAAUACCGGUUGAGUGGAUGCAUAAACUGAUUAUACAA